AUUUUGGGUUCCCUACUUUCAGUUUCUCCGGAGCAGCACACCCACCCACCCACGUAUAUAAAGUAGAGACCUUUAUGCUUAAGGCCAACCCAAACCCUUCGAAAAGCUCACUAUUCCCUUCUGGUUCUUUCAUUUUGACAGAGACCCAUUUGCUUUCGGCCAAUUGGGUGUCUAUAUCUCGCUGAUCUGGAUUGGUUCUGCGCAAAUUGAGUUCUGGGUUUUCUAAUUCAGGCUAUGGUUUACUGUUUGAGGGAAGAAAACCCCACAAGUUUAACUGGAAAAGUCUGGCAUUAGUGGUUUGAAGAAUGAAAAGUGCUGAAGAAUCUUUGUAGGGGGGAAUGGUUGCUGGAGAUGAUAGGCAAAGGCAUUUGUAGGAUUAGAAACGGGCUUUGAUUUUAUUGGAAAUGAGUCGUUCCCCUUCAUUUUCAGUGAAGUCGGAAUUUAGUCCAAAGCUUGAUCCAGAAUCUUUGCAGCAAUGGGUUGUGGCUUUUUGUAUCAUCAGAUUUGAUCUUGAACAGGGUCAGCUUAUUGAAGAGUGUUACCCACCUGGUUGUCUUACGCAAGAUGAGGAGCUUGAAAUCGCUUUCAGUUCAUUCCCAGAUUCCGUUUCCCAGCAUCAGAAUCGCUCAAGCAUUCAUGACUGUAUAUUCUUUUUCCGGUUUCGAAGGCGGGAACGUCUUCAAAUGGACAAUGUGGCUUCCACAGAGAUCACUGAGAGUAAUAAGAAGUUACCUACAAAUUCCCCAGAUGUAAAACCCCCUAGAAGUUCAAAAAGUAACAACAUUUCUGAUACUUCAAGAUACAUGUAUGGUUAUGUCUUUAAUCGACAGAGACAUGAUGAGAGGCUAAAACGAGGUGGGGAGCAGAAGUCUGUGGUAAUUUUGUCGCACAGUCCUUUCUCUAGUGUGUUUAGACCUUUGUUACAAAUCAUGGGUCCUCUAUAUUUUGACAUUGGAAGGAAGGCUCUUGAGCAUAUUGCUGCUUAUGUUUCAAUGUGGCCGUGCCCUGUACCUGGUAAGCUAAUGGAGCUUCCUAUUGGGAAUGCUGCUCUGAAAGUGAACUUACCACCCGCCCACAGCUUGCCCUCAGAAAGUGGGAUGUUGUUUGAAGAAUCUGCAUCCUCUAUGGCUCCUUUUCUUCCUAAUAAUCAGUCAGUCCCACAGGGUCUUUUUCAUGACUCAGAUCUAUUCGGCAUCUUUAGGGGUCUAUUGUUGCAGCUUUGGGUUCUGUGGGAGUUGUUACUUAUUGGUGAGCCCAUUCUUAUCAUAGCUCCUACACCUCCACAAUGUUCUGAGGCUGUUGCUGGUCUUGUGAGUUUGGUAGCACCUCUACUUUGUAGUGUUGAUUUUAGACCUUAUUUCACCAUCCAUGACCCGGAAUUUGCCCAGCUCAACUCGCUUCAUGAAGGAGACACUUUUCCUCCUAUGAUUUUGGGUGUUACUAACCUCUUUUUCCUUAAAUCUCUCCGUAAUAUGCCCCACGUUGUUUCUGUCGGAAGCCCUGCUCCUAAUACCAACCGACUUCCUUUUUCUAGUAGGUCCUCUACUGGAAGACUUUCAGGUAGACCAGAAGGGUUUGGUCUUCAACAGCUUUCCCUUAAAAGAUUUUCUCCUUCAAACUUGUUGAAUGCUGUCAAGUUAAGGAGAGAUGGUCCUCUUUGUCUCAUGACAGAGCAUAAGGAAGCCAUUUGGAGCACUUAUGCUGCAACAACUAAGCCUGACACUUCUAUCCUCAAUAGGCUUAUAGAUGCUGGGAUGUCACCACGGGUUGAGGAGUCAAUGUCAGUUGUUAACAAUGAGAUACUACGGCGUCAUUUCUUGGAGCUCACCACCAACUUUUUGGCGCCUUUUGGUCCAUAUUUUAAGACUAGAACACCUUCAGAAGGAUCUUCUCCGUUUGUCGAUCCUCCUCCUCUCGUUCCGUAUAAUGACAAUGAAUUUCUGGCAAGUUUAUCAGCAAGAGGACCUGGGAAGUUUUUAUCAAAAAGGAUGAGAUCGAACUGGCUGGACUUGUACAGGCGGUUUCUGCAAGGGCCCAACUUUACACCAUGGUUUCAAAGAAGGCGUACUGUUGCUGAACAAGAGCAAGAUAGACUCUGGAAGCAGGCGAGAAUUAACACCGACAUACAUCAGUUAAUAUCGAAGAUGUCAGAAUUGGAAGUUGUUGAUUCCUUCAAUGCUAUUGAGAGACAUAUUCUUGGAGAAACACAGCUGCAGCAAUCUGGAAGCGAUGGCACAGAUAGCACAGACUCUGCUGCGACUUGCCAAAAGCUAAAGCGAGAUCUGCAGGCAGUUUUCAAUGUGCUUCCCAAGGACGUGCAACAACUUCUACUUCUUAACCCAGAAAGGGCAGCUCUUCUGAAAGGAAGCUCUGAAAAUAAAAACCUUCCGGGGACCCCGCCUAUACAAAUUGGAUCGCCAACGUCACCAAGGUAGUGUGCAAAAAUGUCUGGGAAUCUGUUUCCUCUGAUAUCGACGACCUGCUGUUAAAGGACAGCGCUUGUGAUUAAUUUGUAGCUUACUGAGCUGAGAGCAUAUUCCCUGACUUCAAGCACCAUUUUGACCAGACGGGCAAGAAAUCAAACUGUGAUACAAGUCGUCCCUUUCCCAGUGCCCACUUCAGAGGAUUUCUCUUCUUUUCAACCUAGACGGAGCUUCGGGUGUUCUAUAAUUCAUGGGAAGUCAGAACUUGCCUUUCUGAUGGAAGUUGAAGAUUCAUGUUGUUGGAACUGUGUAGUCUAGUAAUUUGUAGAAUUGCGGAGGGAAAUAACCUCCAACUUGUAGCGCACACAUCAAUUCAAUAUUGUCAGACCUCUCCCUCUCAGAAAGUGAAAGAUCAAUUUAUUGUUUUGUUUUGGGUUAAAAAAGAAAA